GCGCGCCGAUAAAGGGCUCGCGGCGGCGGCGUUUGACGUCACGGGGAGUUAAUUUUAAACCUGGACAAGAUGGCGGAAGGGGACGCGGCGCGGCGCGGGCAGCGGGGAGAGCCGCCGCGGCUCCAGCAGGACCUGGCAGGAGAAACCUAUGUGGAUGCCGAAGAGAAUGCUGUUUUUGAUUCUGAAGAAGAAGUGAUUCCAGAGAAGCCGUGCCCCAUACAGAUUGUUCUUGCUCAUGAAGAUGAUCAUAAAUUUGACUUGGAUGAAGAAGCCCUGGAGCGAAUCUUAUUGCAGGAGCACAUUAGAGAUCUCAAUAUAGUAGUAGUUUCUGUAGCUGGUGCAUUUCGCAAAGGCAAAUCUUUUCUUUUGGACUUCAUGCUUAGGUAUAUGUACAAUAAGGAAUCUUCAGCUUGGAUAGGUGGAACCCAUGAGCCAUUGACUGGGUUUACAUGGAGAGGAGGCUGUGAGAGAGAAACAACUGGCAUUCAGGUUUGGAGUGAGGUGUUCAUAAUUCCCAAGCCUGAUGGGACAAAGGUUGCUGUACUACUAAUGGAUACCCAAGGUGCCUUUGAUAGCCAAUCCACUAUCAAAGACUGUGCAACGGUUUUUGCUCUGAGCACCAUGACAAGUUCAGUUCAGGUAUACAAUUUAUCACAAAACAUCCAAGAAGAUGAUCUUCAGCAUUUGCAGCUAUUUACAGAAUAUGGAAGGCUAGCUAUGGAAGAAAUUUACCAAAAGCCAUUUCAGACACUUAUGUUCUUAAUUAGAGAUUGGAGCUAUCCUUAUGAACAUCCAUAUGGCUUGGAAGGAGGACAACAGUUUCUAGAAAAGCGGUUGCAGGUAAAACUGCAUCAGCACGAAGAGCUCCAGAACGUAAGGAAGCAUAUUCAUUCAUGUUUCAGUAAUCUUGGCUGUUUCCUGUUGCCACAUCCUGGUCUUAAAGUUGCAACUAACCCAAACUUUGACGGGAGGCUAAACGACAUUGAUGAUGACUUUAAGAGAGAGCUUCGGAAUUUGGUUCCAUUGCUGCUUUCUCCUGAAAAUCUGGUGGAAAAAGAAAUCAGUGGCUCGAAGGUGACCUGUAGGGAUCUUGUGCAAUAUUUUAAGGCUUAUAUUAAAAUCUAUCAAGGAGAGGAACUACCUCAUCCUAAGUCAAUGCUCCAGGCAACAGCAGAAGCCAACAACCUUGCCGCAGUAGCUGGAGCAAAGGAUGCCUACAACAAAGGAAUGGAGCAGGUUUGUGGUGGAGAUAAGCCUUACAUUGCUCCCGCAGACUUGGAGCACAAGCAUCACGACCUGAAAGGACUGGCUAUAAAGCAGUUCCGUUCAGUGAAGAAGAUGGGAGGCGAAGAGUUCUGUCGCCGGUACCAAGACCAACUUGAAGAGGAGCUAGAUGAAGUCUAUGCAAACUUUGUGAAGCACAACGACGGCAAAAACAUCUUCUAUGCUGCCCGUACUCCUGCCACUCUUUUUGCCGUCAUGUUUGCCAUGUAUAUAAUCUCAGGACUGACCGGCUUCCUGGGCAUGAACUCCAUAGCCACCCUGUGCAACCUCCUGAUGGGGUUAGCGCUGGUCUCCCUUUGUACUUGGGCAUAUGUUAAAUACUCUGGGGAAUUCAGAGAAGUUGGAACACUCAUUGAUCAGAUGGCUGAAGUACUAUGGGAACAGGUGAUCAAACCUCUUGGGGAUAAUUUGAUUGAGGAUACCAUGAGACAAUCGGUUACAAACUCUAUCAAAGCAGGCCUGACUGAACAGAUGUCUCAGCAUGCCAGGCUAAAGACAGACUGACAGUUCGCCUCCUCCUCCUCCUCUCGCCUGCCUGCCCGCCCAUUUGUAGACUCGCUUGCUGUACAAUGAGAACUCAAUAAACCAAAGUUUACAUUUGACUGUAGAGAAGUAGUUUAAUCUUGACUGGCUUCUAACUUGCUGCCAUUGUAUUGGGGGAGGACAAUGUGUGGGGAGGGAGGGGAUGGGUGGGCUCAGGAAAAUAAGUAUACUGCUCGCAAGGCUUGCUCCUUGAUGCAGUUUGGUGCCAUGGAGACAGGGAAAGGGGGCUCUUUGUGACGGUUCUGGCACUCUUUGUGCCCAGAGGGGAGAUGGUGCGACCUCUUGUCUUAUCAAAACAUAUCCACUGUAAAGGGUUUUCAGGGAAGUACUUACCAAUCCUAUACAAGGACAUCUUUUUAACAGAAUGUAUGUAGCCACACUUACGUCCCUAUCUCUGAAUACCAUUGACAUGAAUCCGGUCGACCUAUCGACAGUAGCAGUCGGCUGCGAAGUCAUGUUUGAGCCACCACAUUGACGCUCUUCCUUGCUUUACUGCCUUUUCUGCCAGUAUUACCCAAAUGCAUGUCUAUCGUUCACCACAAAUUACAUUUAGAGGUAACAGCUGUAAUUAAGGAAGCUAUCUUCAAGUGUACAUUGUCUUGCCUUUUUAAAAAUCUGGAGACUUUGUCCUACAAGGAUAUGCAUAUCAAGAAAGAACCGCUCUUUUCUCUGCAGGUUUAGCCUUUAUGUAUAUAUAAUAUGCCAUUAAUCUUAACUGGGGGGAGAAGAUCCAUCCAAAAACAAAGACCGUUGCCUACAGCUACAAAAGCAAUGAGUUAGGAUUGUCUGUACAGUGUGUGUAGUUAUUUUUUAAAGAAACCACAGGGCAUGUAUAAAAUAUAAAUAUAUAAAUACGAUUUUGUAUCAAAAAGUUUUGUAGUUUAUGGCAAAACCUGGUUCUGUGAUAGGCUCAGUACGGUCCCUGUAAAGGAAUGUUUGUGGCUCAUGUAAAUGUGUGAAUGCAUCGAAACAAUUUGGAGUUUUUUGAUAUAUUUGUGAUAUUUACCUGCCUUGAGCACUGCAAUCUCGCCCCAUGGGAAAUCAGUGGGAAUGUUUGUUGUGAAACUUUGUCUUCAGUUGCAUUUUAAAGUUAUUUCCUGUAAUUUAUUUUCCGGUACAUUAUUAAAAUCAAUUGUGUAUAUAUGAAAUUAAACUCAUGAUUUUUAUUCAUAA